UUUUUGACGUCAAGUGCACGAAAUUCGCUGCUGGCAACAUCUUUCUUACGGCUGCCAGCUAAAAAGAGCCUGCGGUGGAGAUAUUUUUCGCCGUUUAAAUUGAAACAGGUUCACGCCCAUCAUUCUAUUGAUUAAACGACUACUAAAAGCAAAAUAUGUCGCGUUUCUUUGCCACGGGUUCCGACUCGGAGACCGAAUCCAGUGAUGAAGAGGUCCCAGUACAAGCAUUCAGUAAAGCGCCCAAUUUUCAAUUUAGUGACGAUGAAGAAGAAGUGAAACGUGUUGUCCGUUCAACUAAGGAGAAGCGUUAUGAAAAUUUGACUGCUAUUAUCAAGAGCAUACGUAAUCAUAAGAAGAUUAAGGACAUGGCCAGUAUUUUGUCAAGUUUUGAAGACCUGACACGUGCCUACACAAAGGCAUUGCCUGUCAUUACCAAGGAAGAGAAGGGCGUCACCCCACGUUUCUACAUUCGUUGUCUUGCCGAGUUGGAAGACUUCAUCAACGAGGUAUGGGAAGACCGUGAGGGACGUAAAAACUUAUCGAAAAACAAUUCAAAAUCAUUAGGUACAUUGCGUCAGAAAGUGCGCAAGUACAUUAAGGACUUUGAGGAAGAUUUAACACGUUUCCGCGAGGCCCCCGAUCAAGAAAGUGACGCCGAAGAAGAGGAGGCUUACGACUCCGAUCAGGAUAAGAACGACAUUGGUUCGGAAGUUUUAUUGCGAGAUCUGAAACAGCCCUCUGAACCAAAGUCGGCUAAGGCGGCUGCGCCGUCUAAGUCAGCUGAUCACGACGAUGAUUCGGAUGACUCCAUUGACUGGGGUAGUGAUUCGGAGUCCGAAUCCGAAUCUUCGGACGAUGAGAACCAAUAUCAAAAUAUGCGUGAGCGCUUCUUGAAGCGCCCUACCGGCGAGAGGGAGGAAAAAGAGGAUCGGGAAGAUCGCAAGAAGGAAAAACGUGCUAAGGAGGCCAAAUUGCGUCGCAAGCGUGUCGAGGAAGAUGCUGAUGAGGAAGGUGAAUGGGAAACUGUCUUCCCUCACACAGUUGAGAAGCCGAAGAUGUUCGACAAAGAUGCCGAAAUCGAUGUGCCCCUGACGCUGCAGAAAUUGUCCGAGAUUAUGGCUGCACGCGGCAAAAGGCGCACCGAUCGUCGCAUGCAAAUCGAGCUGCUUUUCGAAUUGCGCGACAUAGCCGAGCAACACGAGCUCGGUAAUGCCGUUGCUGUGAAGAUUCACUUCAGUAUCAUUUCGGCCAUUUUCGACUAUAACCAGAAAAUCUCCGAACCCAUGAAAUUGGAACAUUGGAGCAAAUUGCUUGAUGUUAUGCAGAGCAUGAUGAAGAUUUUGUUGGCCAACGACGACAUUCGCAUGAGCGAGGAGGUGCAAGAGGAGAACGAGGAGUUUAGCAAUCCACCGUAUGCAAUACGCGGCUGCUCACUUGCAGCUGUUGAGCGUCUAGACGACGAGUUCACCAAGCUUUUAAAGGAAUGUGACCCACACACCAAUGACUACGUUUCGCGCUUAAAGGACGAGGUUGUAGUAACUCGCAUCAUCGAGUCUGUUCUGGAGUAUUUCGAGCGCGUUGGGAAUAAUAACGAGCGUUGCCGCGUUUAUCUGCGCAAAAUUGAGCAUUUGUACUACAAGUUUGAUCCUGAAGUGCUUAAAAAGAAGCGCGGCGAGCUGCCACCAACAACUGUCACCUCAGUUGAUAUCAUGGACCGGCUCUGCAAGUUCAUCUACACCAACGACGACACUGACCGCAUACGUACACGCGCUAUACUGGCGCACAUCUAUCACCACGCUAUGCACGACAAUUGGUUCCAGGCUCGUGACUUGGUCCUUAUGUCGCACUUGCAAGACACCAUCGAUGCGGCAGAUCCAUCGACGCGCAUCCUUUACAAUCGCAUGAUGGCCAACUUGGGCCUGUGUGCUUUUCGGCAGGAGAAUAUCAAGGAUGCACAUCAUUGUUUGGUCGAUUUGAUGGUGACCGGCAAGCCGAAGGAGUUGUUGGCACAGGGUUUGCUUCCACAGCGACAGCACGAACGCUCCGCCGAGCAGGAGAAAAUCGAAAAACAGCGUCAAAUGCCAUUCCAUAUGCACAUUAACUUAGAGCUGCUCGAAUGCGUUUAUUUGGUAUCUGCUAUGCUGCUGGAAAUUCCCUAUAUUGCUGCACACGAGUUCGAUGCACGCCGCCGCAUGAUUAGCAAAACGUUCUAUCAGCAACUACGUUCUUCCGAGCGCCAAUCGCUCGUAGGGCCACCCGAGUCGAUGCGUGAGCAUGUCGUCGCAGCCGCCAAGGCAAUGCGUUGCGGCAACUGGAACGCCUGCGCCAAUUUCAUAGUCAACAAGAAAAUGAAUACCAAGGUGUGGGACCUGUUCUAUGAGGCCGAACGUGUGCGUGAUAUGCUGGUGAAAUUCAUCAAGGAAGAGUCGCUGCGCACAUAUCUCUUCACCUACUCCAACGUCUACACCUCGCUGAGCAUCCCUUCGUUGGCGCAAAUGUACGAGCUACCAGUGCAGAAGGUGCACUCGCUUAUCAGCAAGAUGAUCAUCAAUGAAGAGCUAAUGGCCAGCCUGGACGACCCAUCCGAAACUGUGGUCAUGCACCGCUCGGAACCGUCGCGUCUGCAGGCACUUGCUAUGCAGUUUGUAGACAAGGUCACCAAUUUGGUCGAUGUAAACGAGAAGGUCUUCGACAUGAAACAGGGUAACUUCUUCCAACGUGGCAACAUGGGAAAUCGCGAACGUGGCUACAACCGCAACCAGAACAACCAGGGCGGCAACUGGGGCGGGCAGCGUCGCGACAACCGCAACCAGCGUAAUCGCAACCAACGCAAUCAGCAUCAUCAUAAUAAGCAACAACAUCAGCAACAGCAGCAGCAACAACACCACGAUCAGCAAAUUCAACAGCAACAUAUUAUCGAGGAGUAAGGCGUUGCGCAUCAGCGGUACACCCGUGACUCGGCAAGCAGGCAGUGAAGUAGAACAAAUCAGCAAUAAAUAAAUUAUUUAUAAUAUAAAAUUAAAUGAUGCGAACAGAUGUGAAAGGCGUAGGAAGUAGCAAAAAAGAAAACAGCGGCGUGUACUGCUGUUGGCGCACUCCCGCGUCAUUGCGUUGUGCAAACUUGCGUGAAUAGGGGUGGGAGUGCGCCAUAUCAAUUUUUUCGAGACUGAAGGCUCAUUACGUCUACAUAUAUGUUUUAAUUAUUAAAAUAUUUUUUACCCGAUGCAGAAUUGCAUUUUAAGUAAAUGAAUUUGUUUCUCCCUUGGUAACAUGCUGAAUUUGAGUAUUUAAGAUUAACUGCUUGUAUUGUAAAAUCAAAUAAAUCAAUAAUCCAAUGACAUCAAUAUUAUUAUCGACUUGUGAAUAUGUAUAUCUAUAUUACCAUUGUAUGUAGAAAAGAAUUGCACGAAUACCAGAUAAUGAAAAUAAUCAUUUGCAAAGAGAAAUUAAAUACAACAACGGAAAGCGCAA